ACCCCUUUCCUCUCUCGCUGACUACGCAACCCUUUCCUCGCAACCCGCCUUCCCAGAAGCUGGCAUCACAAGUGACCGCCUACCCUCUCCCGGCAAUGGUAAGUCGCUGGCAUUUGUCAGCCCGACUGGCGAUCGAAAAUAGGCAGGGACAAAGCCAGCAUCCAGUGGGCCGAGCAGUCCCAUCCAAUUUGAGCCACCUGUGCAAACAACCGGCAGUGCCUCUUUCUUCCUCCCCCCUCUUUCUGAGCCUUCUGCAUCCUUUUCCUCCUUCUGCUCCGUCUCCCGCAUUUCCCUUCUAUUUACCCGAUUCUCAUUCUGACAACCCACUUUCACCCACGUGUACGCUCACUUGUAGUCGCCCUCCACCGCUGCGGCCAAACAAACACAACUACGCCCGCGCAAUAAAAAGGCCCAGAAGAAGCUGAAAAAGAAGCGCAGCAUGGCGGACAAAGUGAACACGCGGCAGCGCAGCCGCGAAGCAACUGUUGACACUGACGAUGACGUGGGCAUCCAGAUCGGCACGCCGCGCAACCGGUCGCCGCAGCGCAAGCACACGUUUGAGAUCGAGGACCCAGCGACAUACGAGAGCAAAGGAUUGCUGUCUGGCAUCACCGGCAAGUGGAAUGAGUUUUAUGCCAACAAGGACUUUGGCAAUAUCCUGCUGCUCAUUGCACUGUACUGGCUUCAGGGGAUCCCGCUUGGACUGGCUCACGGAAGCAUCCCGUUUCUGCUCAAGGAAAAGCUGAGCUACGCGCAGGUCGGUCUAUUUUCGCUGGCCGGCUGUUUCUGGUCGCCAUUCGUGGACUCGAUCUACGACCGCAAGUUUGGCAGGCGCAAGUCGUGGAUUGUGCCGAUCCAGCUGAUUGUGGCUGUCAUGUUCUGGUGGAUGGGCUCGCAUAUUGACGGGCUGAUGCGCGACCCGGAGACGAACAUUGGCGAGAUCAUGUAUCUGUUCCUCGCUGUUGUGUUCAUGAGUGCCACGCAGGACAUUGCUGUUGAUGGAUGGGCCCUGACGCUGCUGUCGGAGGAGAACUUGUCGUAUGCGUCCACCUGCCAGACCGUAGGCAUCAACUGCGGAUUCUUCAUGUCGUUCACCGUGUUCCUGGCCCUCAACUCGACAGAGUUCAGCAACAAGUACAUAUACUCCACACCACGUGAGGACGGGUUCCUUCAGCUCGGCCCGUACAUGGCAUUCUGGGCUGCAGUAUACCUGCUGGUGACGCUGUACUUGAUCAUAUUCAAGACGGAGCACACCGACUCGAACGACGACUACGGAAUCGUGGAGACAUACAAGACCAUCUGGCGCAUAUGCAAACUGCCGCACAUGAAGCUGCUCAUUGCUGUGCUGUUCUUUGCCAAGAUCGGCUUCAUCCCGAACGACUCGGUAACACAGCUUAAGCUUAUUGAGCGUGGGCUGCACAAAGAGGACAUGGCGCUGGCGGUUCUGAUCGACUUCCCCAUCCAGAUAUUCUUUGGCUACUAUGCCGCGCGGUGGAGUCGUGGCGACAGCAAACUGAAGCCUUGGCGAGUGGCCUUUGUGCUGCGCCUCGUCUGCUGCGUGUUUGGGAUGCUGACUGUCCACUUCUUCCCUACUGGCGGCCUCACUUCAGGCUACUUCUACGUGUCGGCGUCAAUGGCCAGUACGGUGCAGUUUGUCGGCAUGUCGGCAUUUAUCACGCAGAUCGCUGACCCUGUCAUUGGCGGCACGUACAUGACUCUGCUCAACACGCUGAGCAACUUUGGCGGCACCUGGCCCGUAUACUUUAUCAUGCGCUCGGUGGACAUAUUCUCGCGCGCAACCUGCACCUUGCCCAACGGUAGUUCGUACACCUGCGUAGCGCAGCACGACCGCGACCUGUGCACCAAGGACGGCGGAACAUGCGAUGUGCAUUUGGACGGAUACUUUGUAGUGUCCUCGACCUGCAUCGUGCUUGCGCUCAUGCUGUACUACGGAUUCGUCCGCCCAACCGUGCUGCACCUAGAGCGCUUGCCAGCGCAUGUGUGGCGGGUAUCAAAGGAUGCUCAAAAGUAGCUAUCUAUAAAUAAACCGAUUUCUAAACAA